UUAAACUUGUUUACUGACAGUCUUACUCCAUGUUUCAGGUGAACGUACCAAAGACACGGAAGACCUUCUGCAAGGGGAAGAACUGUAAGAAGCACACGCUUCACAAGGUCACACAGUACAAGGCUGGCAAGGCUUCCCUCUACGCCCAGGGAAAGAGGCGUUACGACAGAAAGCAGAGUGGAUAUGGUGGUCAGACCAAACCCAUCUUCCACAAAAAGGCAAAGACAACCAAGAAGAUUGUGUUGAGAAUGGAGUGCACAAGCUGUAAAUACAGGAAACAGUUGCCCAUCAAGCGAUGCAAACAUUUUGAGCUUGGAGGAGACAAAAAGAGAAAGGGCCAGAUGAUCCAGUUUUAGUUGUCUUUGUCUGUAAAUAAACAAAUAAAAGAAAAAAAGAUCAAA